AUGGAAACAAUAUCUCGGAUUUCGUCUAUGCUGGAAACAGCGCGAGAGCUCACCCUCGAAGCAGCGCAGUCAGCUACAAGUAACCGGACGUCGAAUUUGAAUUCCUCUUCUCGCAAUAAUAAUGUCCCUUAUAUCAAAAAGCUCCUCGACAGUCGCCAUGAACAAGAGGUCUUGGACGGUCUGCGGAAGGUCAUUUCGUUUAUUUAUGAAGAUCCUGAGCUAUCUCUCGAAUUCUUCUCCGCGGUCGUGAAAAAUGCAGCCAGCACGAGUUUCGAGGUCAAGAAAUUGGUCUACGUCUACUUGGUUCACCAUGCGGAGGCAGAACCCGACCUGGCGCUCUUGUCCAUCAAUGCGAUCCAGAAGUCUCUUACGGAUACGAACCCUCAAGUACGAGCUAUGGCGCUACGAACGAUGUCCGGAAUCAGCGUGCCGGUCAUAAACCAGAUUGUGUGUCUUGCGAUUAAACGAGGGGUCGGUGAUAUGAGUCCCCAUGUGCGAAAGGCGGCUGCGUUAGCUAUCCCGAAAUGCUAUCGCUUGGAACCGAAUACCCUGUCGCAGUUGAUUGGAUACAUAUCUACGUUACUUGGGGAUAGCCAGUAUUUCGUUGCUGGUCCUGCUGUAGCUGCUUUUUUGGAAGUCUGCCCGGAUAGAAUUGACCUGGUUCACAGGCAUUAUCGAAGCCUGGUGAAGAAGCUGGUUGAUAUGGAUGAAUGGAGUCAACUUGCGACUUUGCGUCUUUUGACUUCCUAUGCGCGCAAGUGCUUCCCACUCAAGACUCAGAAGAUCAAGAGAGCAGUGACUAAAGGGGAGUCCAAGGGAUUCUAUGAUGACGAAGAGGUUGCUGAGGGUCAAGAUGACGGUGAAGAAUAUGAAGUUCCAGUGUUGGAUCCUGAUCUAGAGAUCUUUCUCCGAACCUGCAAGAGCCUUCUACAAAAUCGCAACUCGGCUAUCAUUCUCGGCGUCGUACGUUCUUUUGCCUACCUGGCCCCACCAGAAUACCUUGACUCGGCGGUUGGUCCAUUGGUUGCGCUCCUUCGAAGCCCCCUAGAUAUACAACAUAUCGCUCUUUAUAACGUCGUUUCCGUUGCCUUGCGUCACCCGAAGCCGUUCGCCAAGUACGUCUCGCAUUACUUGGUGCAUUCCACGGAUCCGCCCCAUAUUUGGCGUCUCAAGCUGGAGAUCCUAACCAUCAUCUUUCCCCAUUGUGGAUUACAUUUAAAGAGUGUGAUCGUAAGCGAACUGGAGCAUUUCUCCCGAAGCACAGACCGGGAUCUUGUUCGAGAAAGCGUUCGAGCAAUCGGACGCUGUGCGCAGAGCGACACCAGGACUGCGAAUCACUGUCUACGCGUCCUGCUCAAUCAGAUUACGAGUUUUGAUGACACUCUGGUCUCCGAGUCGCUGACAGUGAUCAGACACUUGAUUCAGCAUGACCCCGCCUCCCAUGAGCGAACUGUGAUUCAGCUGGUCAAGUACCUUGGCUCGACGACCUGCCCAGACGCAAGAGCUACAAUAGUCUGGCUCGUCGGAGAAUUUGCAGGCGUGGAGCCUGAGCGAAAUUUUGCGCCCGAUGUCUUAAGGUUACUGGUAACAGGCUUCACUGAUGAACCAGAGCUUGUGAAACAGCAACUUGUUUUACUCGGCGCCAAGGUGUACCUCCAUCACCUCCUACGCAACCCCCCAAAAGAGCAACCGCCGCCUGUGCAAAAAGUCGAACGGUUUAGUAACGAAUGGACCGAUGACCAAGAAAAACAAAAAGAACAGGGCGAAGACGAACAGAAACCGCAAGAAGAACCAGAGGAAGACAACAUCACAAUACUCUGGCGGUACAUUCUCCUUCUCGCCAGAUACGACACAUCCUAUGACCUCCGUGACCGCGCACGGCUCUACAAGGCUCUCCUUGCCUCUCCUACUACACUCCCGCUAGCUAAUCUGCUCCUUCUCGCCCCGAAACCUAUACCGCAUGCUCCCAGCCCAUCAGAGACGCGCAAAGAACUUCUCAUUGGCUCCUCUACACUCGUCCUUGGACCGGAUGCCGGCUUCCAUGGCCUGAAGGGCUAUGAGAAACUUCCCGACUGGGUUACACCAGGCGAUGAACCAGAUCAUAAUCUCCGUGACCAAGGCGUUGUGAAGCAAGAGUUCAGUGAAAGAGCUUCCCUGACAGCAGGCGAACGACUCGAUCGAGCACUCAAGGAACAUGACAGUGUUGCGGCUGCGAAGAGGCAAAAUGGCCGUAUGCAGGGUCCCACGCCGACGAAGCAGAAGAGUCUGAACGAGUGGCUGGAGGAUGAGGAAGAAGAGAGUGAAACCGAGACCGAGGAGGAAACUGAUUCGGAAGAGGAGACUGUUUCGGAAGAAGAAGAGGACGAUGAAGACGAGGAAGAAGAAACAGAUUCCGAGGAAGACGACGAGGAAGCGGAAGAGACCGACUCGGAGGACGACAGGGAGGGUCAACAACUAUUAACACAGCGCGAUGCUCAGCCCGGGCCUUCGAGAGGGUUAUAG